UGUUAGAUGGAAUAAUCCAGCUAUCUUCACCACCAUGCUACCCCGCAUAUUAUCCACAGAGAUGUCAAGGCUAGCAAUGUAUUGCUUGAUUCUGAUUUCCAGGCUCAAGUUGCUGAUUUCGGAUUUGCAAAACUGAUCCCUGAUGGUGCAACACAUGUCACCACAAGAGUCAAAGGUACUCUUGGCUACCUUGCCCCUGAAUAUGCAAUGUUGGGGAAAGCAUCAGAGAGCUGUGAUGUGUACAGCUUCGGCAUUCUCUUGCUGGAAUUGGCGAGUGGCAAAAAACCCAUAGAGAAGUUAGGUGCAGUGACAAAACGAACAAUCACUGACUGGGCUCUGCCCUUGGUGCGUGGGGAGAAGUUCAGCGAGAUUGCCGAUGCUAGGCUAAAUGGAAACUUUGUUGAGGAAGAGCUAAAAAGAAUCGUCCUUGUUGCCCUUGUAUGUGCCCACAAUCAACCAGAGAAAAGACCCACCAUGCUUGAGGUGGUUGAAUUGCUCAAGGGAGAAUCAAAGGAGAAAUUAACUGAAAUAGAAAAUCAUGAACUCUUCAAGAAUCCCCAACCUGCAGAAUCAAAUAAUGGGAAGUCAGACAAUGAAGAUUGCAUCUCAGAAGAGAAGAAACCACAGGAGGGACCAGAAAAGAUUGUACCUGCAGUUGCUCAUAAUGAGAAUGAAGGUUUAGAUGUAGACUCGGGGACUUAAUUAUUUGUGUAACAGGUGGCACUGGCUGUUUGUUUAUUAAAGUUGCCAGGGCGUGUGGUUACAUGGUGUUUGGAAUUGGAAGCAUAAUUUUGUGAGGUGUGUGUGAAUCUUUGUUUAUGUAUAUGAAUGCAUUUUCAUUCACUGCUCUUUCAGUUCCAAGAACUGUUGGAUUGGUAGCGAAUUUAACUUAUGUUUUAUGCACUUUUCGCAAUGUUUGUAUUCAUUAAUUUCUUUUCAUGAUAUUGAGUUUGAAUUUGGUGUAAGACUUUUUCUCUGUACAUUUAUAUAUGUCUGAGAGGAGGCUACUUACAGGAUAA